CAGAAGACAGGCGCCAGUCGCGAUAACCGUAUGAUGGAGUCAUUGAUUUAACUUUAACCACUUAUUUUACUUUCAUAAGUACUACUUCGAGUCACCAUAAUUGUAAUCAAGCAACAAUGUCUUCAGUUCAGUUUUUGAGAGACUUCGUAAACGAGAGACUAUCUGCUGCUGCUGAAGAAAUAUUCGGAGUUUUUGAAAAAAACAUCGUCGAAUACGAAGAGGAGAUCGAUCGACAGCAAAAACUGCUGGAUAUUGUUUGGAAACCUGAAAUAAAGUUACAAAGGAUAGAGCUCCCACAGCAACAUGUCUGUGAGCAGGAGGAGGUGCUCACUGACCAGCAGCUCUGUGUUCAGGAGAGCAACUCCAGUCUGGACCCAGAGGACCAUGAGGACCCAGAGGACCCAGAGGACCAAGAGGACCCAGAGCCUCCACAGAUUAAAGAGGAACAGGAGGAACUCUGCACCAGUCAGGAGGGAGAGCAGCUUGUACUGAAGCAGGAGACUGAUGACUUUAUGUUGAUUUCUACUGCUGAGGAAAGUGACCACAGUGAAGAUCAAACUCUGUACUUCAAUCCUGACAAAAGUUAUAGUGCAGCAGAGAAAGAGCUUCCAGCUAGAAUCAGUAUGAGUCAGCUAAAAGAUGAAUUUGGCUGGGAAAAUUCUGAAGUAUCAGAAGCACACAGUGACCAGCAGCUACUCUCUCAUAACUCUCAUGUAGCUGAAAGUCAAGAUCAGAAAGCAGGCAAGCAUAACAACUCAGGAUCAACUAUAUACGCAGAACCUAGACAAAAAAGAAGACAUCACAAAAGCAGAAUUCACAGUAACAAUGUUAACAAAUCUAAAUUGCUAAAUAUUCAACAUAAUAAUCACUCAGGUAUACGCUUAUCCAAAUGUGAAACAUGUGGAAAAGCUUUCAAGUUUAAGUCACAUUUGUACGUACACAUGAGAAUCCACACAGGUGUGAAGCCACAUUCUUGCAAUGUCUGUGAGAAAGAGUUCAGUCAGAUGUCAACAUUGAAAAUUCACAUGAGGAUCCACACAGGUGAGAAGCCGUAUUCUUGUAAAACAUGUGGAAAAGAUUUUAGAUAUAGUAGUCACUUAAGAAGCCAUAUGAAAACGCACACAGAUGAGAAACCCUUUACAUGCACAACAUGUGGGAGAGCUUUCAGACGUAGUGGCCACUUAAUGGAACACAUGAAAACGCACACAGGUGAGAAGCCAUAUUCCUGCGACACCUGUGGGAAAACAUUUUGUCGGACAUCAGAAUUGAAAGCUCAUAUAAGAAUCCACACAGGUGAGAGGCCAUAUUCUUGCGAUACAUGUGGAAAAGAUUUCAGAUGUAGUAAUGGCUUGUUGGUCCACAUGAGAAUCCACACAGGUGAGAAGCCUUACCUUUGCAAGACCUGUGGGAAAAGAUUUAUUGAUAUGCCGGCAUUGAAAGGCCAUGUGAGAAUCCACACGGGUGAGAAACCAUAUUCUUGCAAAAUGUGUGAAAAAGCAUUCAGUCGUAACAGUGGCUUGUUGUUGCACAUGAGAAUCCACACAGGCGAGAAGCCAUACUCUUGCAAAACAUGUGGAAAAGAUUUUGGACGCAGUAGUGGCUUGUUGAUCCACAUGAGAAGAGCGCACACUGGUGAAAAGCCUUACCUUUGCAAGAUCUGUGGGAAACGAUACUUUGAUGCCUCUCAAUUGGCAAGGCAUAUAAGAUCGCAUACUGACAAGUAGCCUUGUCUUUGCAAAUUAUGUGGGAGACUAUUCACUUCUAUUGGUUCAUAGUCUAAAUACCAAAUAACUUACAAUUGAGGAGUCGCAUAAAAGCAGAAGAAAAAGAUUUACUCAAAUCACAUCCUGAAAGAUGUUCGAGGAUCAAUAUACGCAGGAGAAACCACCAAUAGUUCCCCAUAAAGAAGACAUCACAAUUAGUGUAAUGAAGUUGUACGUUGUCAACAAUGCCUUGAAGCUUUGUUAAAAUAACCUUGUGUUUUCCUUCAUAUUUCAGCAUUAGGCAGACCUACUCAUGUUUGUUGACAAAAGUAUUUCUUUGAGGUAGUCUCCCAAAUGUUUGAAUAAUAUGUGUUGCACAGUGAGGGCAUAGUUAUGCUAAUUUGUAGCCUGUUAAAUACUAAAGAAAAAAUGUUUUCUGCCACCUCAGUUAAGAGUGGCUGGUGAACUGAUGUUGAGGCUGAGAACCCCUCUCUCCACUGGUGUUGGGUUAUUUGUGUUGUCGUCCUUCCAAACAGUCUUUUCUUUUUCAUCUGCAAUAUCUAUUUUAAAUAUUUUGAUGUAUUUUGUAAU